AUGAGGUGGCGCGAUGCCAUCUCCAUCACACAACAAGUGAAGAUAAAGAAAGGCACAACUGGCUACACUGAAGCUCUGGACCUUAAUCCACUCUGCGAGCCGCCCGUGAAACGCCCUCCUAAGCCAAUUGCAUGUUUUUACAUUCGAUUUCCCGAUGAGGAAAAGGGCGAUUACUACCGAGCUCUCUAUCUAAGCGAAAGGACAGUUAGCAAUCUUACUGUCAAGAUAGCAGAGAAAUGCAAAGUCAAUCCAGGUUGCAUUGUUCGCAUAGUACGCGUUAGUCUUAGCGGAGUCGAGACUGCCGUGGAUGAUGAUAUAGUUCAGCAAGUGCCUGAAGGACAGGACAUGGUGGCUAAAGUCACCGAGGUAUCCAGAUUGCAGACUUCUACAACGAGCAUUAGCACUCCGCCAAUGGCAACAGUGGAAAUUCGUUUGACUUACUGA